GCGAGCUCCGGGGAGAGGAUCUGGGAGGCCCGAGUCUCCCGAAGAGGCCUGGAAGCGACUGGAGACCCCGGGCUGGAGCCAUCUGCUGGAGGGAGAGCCCCCGGCUCCGGCUCGGGAGCUCGGGUUUCCGUGUUGGAGAUCUUGGUUCCCUUUUGGGAAAUUGGACACUACUCUGGGACUGGGUAACUAUAACUACCCAGAGUUGCAGCCAUGGAGUCCAUGCUUAAUAAGUUGAAGAGUACUGUUACAAAAGUAACAGCUGAUGUCACUAGUGCUGUGAUGGGAAAUCCUGUCACUAGAGAAUUCGAUGUUGGUCGACACAUUGCCAGUGGUGGCAGUGGGCUAGCUUGGAAGAUUUUUAAUGGCACUAAAAAGUCAACAAAGCAGGAAGUAGCUGUUUUUGUCUUUGAUAAAAAGCUGAUUGACAAAUAUCAAAAAUUUGAAAAGGAUCAAAUCAUCGAUUCUCUAAAACGAGGAGUCCAACAGUUAACUCGACUACGACACCCUCGACUUCUUACUGUCCAGCAUCCUUUAGAAGAAUCCAGGGAUUGUUUGGCAUUUUGUACGGAACCAGUUUUUGCCAGCUUAGCCAAUGUUCUGGGUAACUGGGAAAAUCUACCUUCCCCUGUAUCUCCAGAUAUUAAGGAUUAUAAACUUUAUGAUGUAGAAACUAAAUAUGGUUUGCUUCAGGUUUCUGAAGGAUUGUCAUUUUUGCAUAGCAGUGUGAAAAUGGUUCAUGGAAAUGUUACACCUGAAAAUAUAAUUUUGAAUAAAAGUGGAGCCUGGAAAAUAAUGGGCUUUGAUUUUUGUAUAUCAUCGACCAAUCCUUCUGAACAGGAGCCUAAGUUUCCAUGUAAAGAAUGGGACCCAAAUUUACCAUCAUUGUGUCUUCCAAAUCCUGAAUAUUUGGCUCCUGAAUACAUACUUUCUGUGAGCUGUGAAACAGCCAGUGAUAUGUACUCUUUAGGAACUGUCAUGUAUGCUGUAUUUAAUAAAGGGAAAGCUAUAUUUGAAGUUAACAAGCAAGAUAUUUACAAGAGUUUCAGUAGACAGUUGGAUCAGUUGAGUCGUUUAGGAUCUAGUUCACUUACAAAUAUACCUGAGGAGGUCCGUGAGCAUGUAAAACUACUGUUAAAUGUAACUCCAACUGUAAGACCAGAUGCAGAUCAAAUGACAAAGAUUCCCUUCUUUGAUGAUGUUGGUGCAGUAACACUGCAGUAUUUUGAUACCUUAUUCCAAAGAGAUAACCUUCAGAAAUCACAGUUUUUCAAAGGACUGCCAAAGGUUCUGCCAAAACUGCCCAAGCGUGUCAUUGUGCAGAGAAUUUUGCCAUGUUUGACUUCAGAAUUUGUAAACCCUGACAUGGUACCUUUUGUUUUGCCCAAUGUUCUACUCAUUGCUGAAGAAUGUACCAAAGAAGAAUAUGUCAAGUUAAUUCUACCUGAACUUGGCCCUGUCUUUAAACAGCAGGAGCCAAUCCAGAUUUUGUUAAUUUUCCUCCAAAAAAUGGAUUUGCUACUAACCAAAACUCCUCCUGAUGAGAUAAAGAACAGUGUUCUGCCUAUGGUUUACAGAGCCCUAGAGGCUCCUUCCAUUCAGAUCCAGGAACUCUGUCUAAACAUCAUUCCAACCUUUGCAAAUCUUAUAGACUACCCAUCCAUGAAAAAUGCCUUGAUACCAAGAAUUAAAAAUGCAUGUUUACAAACGGCUUCCCUUGCUGUACGUGUAAAUUCAUUAGUGUGCUUAGGAAAGAUUUUGGAAUACUUGGAUAAGUGGUUUGUACUUGAUGAUAUUCUGCCGUUCUUACAACAAAUUCCAUCCAAGGAACCUGCGGUCCUCAUGGGAAUUUUAGGUAUUUACAAAUGUACUUUUACUCAUAAGAAGUUGGGAAUCACCAAAGAGCAGUUGGCUGGAAAAGUAUUACCUCAUCUGAUUCCCCUGAGUAUUGAAAACAAUCUUAAUCUCAAUCAGUUCAAUUCCUUCAUUUCUGUCAUAAAAGAGAUGCUUAAUAGAUUGGAGUCUGAACAUAAGACUAAACUGGAGCAACUUCAUAUAAUGCAAGAACAGCAGAAAUCUUUGGAUAUAGGAAAUCAAAUGAAUGCUUCUGAGGAGACAAAAGUUACAAGUGUUGGGUCUCAGCAUAUUGACAAAGUCUUUAACAACAUUGGAGCAGACCUUCUGACUGGUGGUGAAUCAGAAAAUAAAGAGGAUGGGUUACAGAAUAAACAUAAAAGAGCAUCACUUACACUUGAAGAAAAACAAAAAUUGGCAAAAGAACAGGAGCAGGCACAGAAGUUGAAAAGCCAGCAACCUCUUAAACCCCAGGUGCACACACCUGUUGCUCCAGUCAAGCAGACUAAGGACUUGACAGACACAUUGAUGGAUAAUAUGUCAUCUUUGACCAGUCUUUCUGUUAGUACCCCUAAAAUUUCUUCUUCAAGUACCUUCACUUCUGUUCCUUCCACGGGCCUUGGUAUGAUGUUUUCUACACCAAUUGAUAAUACAAAGAGAAAUGUAACAAACGGCCUAAAUGCCAACAUGGGCUUUCAGACUUCAGGAUUCAACAUGCCAGUUAAUACAAACCAGAACUUCUUCAGCAGUCCAAGCGCACCUGGAGUGGCCAAGAUGACAUUGGGAACACCUUCCACUUUGCCAAACUUCAGUGCUGUGAGUGUUCCUCCUGCUGGUACGAAGCUGACUCAGCAAAGACCCACAGAUAUGUCUGCUCUUAAUAAUCUCUUUGGCCCUCAGAAACCCAAAGUUAGCAUGAACCAGUUAUCACAACAGAAACCAAAUCAGUGGCUUAAUCAGUUUGUGCCUGCUCAAGGGUCUCCAGGUGUGGGCAGUUCGGUAACGGGAGCACAGAUGCACAUGAUAGGACAGUCUGCCUUCGGUGUGCAGACUAAUCCUUUCUUUAACCCGCAGAACUUUGCACAGCCGCCACCUACUAUGACCAGUAGCAGUUCAGCUAGCAGUGACUUAAAAGAUCUUUUUGGGUGAGGUGUCAUGCUCCUGUUUUUGAAGGAUCACUUCAGUUUUAAUCAUGGGUAAGCUGAUUUACAUCUAUAUAAUUGGCUUGGAGGAAGUACUUCUGUGGGAAAGUGAAUGGUCUUGUCUGACAGAAAAAAACCUGUUGUCAUGCCAGCAUAGUAGUUGUAUGGACUCUUUAACAGUUGAGGUUUUUAAAGCCUUGAGGAUUUUUUUUCCUCUUACCACCUCCUCGUCAGGUUUUUAAAAGACCCAACACAUAUCAAUCUCAAUGAGAAAAAAAGACAUCUGAGUAUCUUGAAUAGCAGAAUUUUUAAAUCAAAUGUUUAUUUUGGCUUGUAAAUCUUGGUGUUAUUUAAAAAAUUGAGUUGAUGGUAAUUGCAAGUUUCAUCUGUUAAAUACUACAUGGUACACAGUCUGCCUUCACAAGUCAUUAGUCUUCAUUUUUACUAUGUGAAAAAUCUUGAUGCUGUAUUGAUUUGUUUGCAUUUAGUGUGACUGAGUGAGAAAAUGAUAAGCCUAACGAAAAGGAUCGGGUCAUUUGCUUUUCCAAUCUUAUUACUUCUCAGAUGAACUAAUGUUUAGUGCAAAAGACUGAGCAAAUACUGCAGAAUUUAACUUAACCUUGAUUUCAUUGGUUCAAACUAAGGCAUUAUUAACUAUCAUAAAUGCAAACUAAUCAUUGUAAAUUAUAUUUUAGCAUGGUCUGCCUCAAAUAGUAAUGUUUUUUUCUGCAUUUACUUGGAUAUGUUUAGAAUCACUUUUUUUCCUACUGUAUCACAGACAGAAGAGGUGUGUACUGAUUUGUACAGAUAUUUGACAAAGCCCUCUGAUGUGCUUUCCCUGACUACUGCCUCCAUAUUUCAUUUUGAAUUCAAACUUCUGAGGUUGCAGCACAUAUGAAUUGCAUUUUCAAAAGGAGAUUUGUAAGAAUUAAACUGUAUUUAAUGAGUAUACUUUUGAGAUUUCUGCUGUAUUGUUUCAAACGUAAUAAACUUUACUUCU